AUGACUUCCUCGCUGUUCCUGGCCUUCCUGUUUUUGGCUCCAGCCACAGUGGCCAUUCCCAGAGCUGGCAAUCAGUGUCAGGCAUGCGGGGGCCCCACCUUGGACCCGGAGAACCAACGGGAGCUGCUUCUUGACCUGGCUAAGAGAAGUAUCUUGGACAAACUGCACCUCAGCCAGCGCCCAACACUGAGCAGGCCCGUGUCCAGAGCUGCUCUGAGGACUGUGCUGCAACGUCUCCAUGGGCCCCCACGCAGGGCGCUUCCAGAGGCUAAGAGAGCACAGGAAUAUGAAAUCAUCAGCUUUGCUGAGACAGGCCUCUCUACCAUCAAUCAGACUCGUCUUGAUUUCCACUUCUCUUCUGAUGGAACUGCUGGUGUCAUGGAGGUCCAGCAGGCCAGCCUCAUGUUCUUUAUACAGCUCCUUCCCAAUACCACUGGAACUUUGAAGGUGAAGGUCCUUGUGCCCGGCCCACAUAACACCAACCUCACUUUGGCCACCCAGAACCUGCUGGAGGUAGAUUCUAGUGGCUGGUACCAGCUCCUUCUUGGGCCUGAAGCUCAGGCUGCCUAUAGCCAGGGCCACCUGACCCUGGGGCUGGUGCCUGAAGGCCAGGCAGCCCAGCGCUCAGUUGUCCUGGAUGAGGCUGCCCAUAGGCCUUUUGUGGCAGCUCGAGUGAGAGUUGGGAGCAAGCAUCGGGUUCGCCGGCGAGGCAUCAACUGCCAGAGUGGGUCUAGGAUGUGCUGUCGACAAGAGUUCUUUGUAGACUUCCGUGAGAUUGGCUGGCACGACUGGAUCAUCCAACCUGAGGGCUAUGCAAUGAACUUCUGCACAGGGCAGUGCCCACUACAUGUGGCAGGCAUGCCUGGCAUUGCUGCCUCAUUUCACACUGCAGUGCUCAAUUUGCUCAAAGCCAACACAGCAGCGAGCACUGCUGGAGGAGGCUCUUGCUGUGUGCCCACUGCCCGGCGCUCCCUGUCUCUGCUCUACUAUGACAGGGAUAGCAAUAUUGUCAAGACUGACAUACCUGAUAUGGUGGUAGAGGCUUGUGGGUGCAGUUAG